UCGUUUGUUUUAUAAAUGAAUAAUCAAGUAGCUAGGGUCAACGUUCACGCAAGUGUAAUAAGGCUUAAAUGCUGUGGAAGAGUCUUGAUUUUUCAGUUUCACGAUAGCUUUUUAAGCUUCUCCGGCGGCGUUGUCACCGGCCGUCAACUUCUUCGCAAACAUACUAUAAAUAUUUGAUUAUUUAAUUUGCGAUAAUAGAGUUGACGAUUACGUGUGUAAUCAUCUCUUAGGAUUUUCUCUAGGUCUAUAUAAACCAAGAACAAGAAGAGUGCUUCAAACAAAAGGCAGAUCAUUGUAAUUAAGAGCUCUAUUGUAUAGCUUUGUACUCAAACAAACAUUGAUCAUAUUAAACCGGAAAAUGAGUUCGUCUAACGGAGGUGUACCGCCCGGUUUUCGAUUUCAUCCAACGGACGAAGAACUUCUUCAUUACUACUUGAAGAAGAAGAUUUCUUAUGAAAAGUUUGAGAUGGAAGUCAUCAAGGAGGUUGAUUUGAACAAGAUUGAGCCGUGGGAUUUACAUGAUAGAUGCAAAAUAGGAUCAACGCCGCAAAACGAGUGGUAUUUCUUCAGCCACAAGGAUAGGAAAUAUCCGACAGGUUCAAGGACGAACCGGGCAACCCACUCGGGUUUCUGGAAGGCGACAGGACGUGACAAAUGCAUAAGAAAUUGUUACAAGAAGAUAGGCAUGAGGAAGACUCUUGUCUUCUACAAAGGAAGAGCUCCUCAUGGCCAAAAGACCGAUUGGAUCAUGCACGAGUACCGUAUUGAAGACACUGACGAUGACCCUAGUGAAGAUGGAUGGGUUGUAUGUAGAGUGUUCAAGAAGAAAAAUCUAUUCAAAGUAGGGAAUGAUGUUAGCUCAAGCAUUAACAACAAUAGGCUUGAAGCUCGUAGCUUCAUUCGCAGAGAAAGCUCUUACCAAGGAAUCUCAAUGUUUGAGCUUAACAAGCCUGAAGAGAUUGGUAUUCAUCAAUACCCUCAACCACCAAUGUUUCAGCCUCAUCACAAGCCUCUUUCAAUUGGCUAUGACUAUUCAUUGGCUCUUCUUCCAAGAGAAAGCGAGUACCAACAAGCGUGUGAGCCAUCAGGGGUUGAGGUUGGCACGUGCAAAACUGUUGGUGAAUGGGGAAUGGUGAACUGUCAAAUGGGGAUUCAUGAGGACUCGUCUAGAGCGAUGAGGUUUGAAGAUGAAGGAAACAACAAUCCGUCCACGGUCCAGCCACCUUCGAAUCUGCUUUCAUUGCGCGGUGAAAAUGGAUUUCUCGGGUUGUUUUAAAUAGAUGCUGAUAAUGUUAUAUAUAUGCAUCUUUUCGUAAGUUUGUAUGCUUGUUCUUUGAUUACAUGUAUCCAUUUAUUUCUUUUUGUAAUUGGAAGCAAAUUGCUUCACUGAUAUAAAGUUAAUAAGAAUCGACGUUUAAACUA